CGCUGGCAUGGAGGAGGAGGAGGUGGAGGAGGAGAAGAGCGUUUGAUCAUUGUGAUGGUGGCAGGAGGAGCAGCAGCAGCAGCAGCGAGCAAGGCAGAGCAAAGCGUUAGGCUGUAUCAGCUCGGCGUUUUGCAGAGACUUCAGAGCUCUACUUUUUUUCUUUUCUUUUUUUUUUUUUUCUUUUUUUUUUUUUUUUUUUUUUCCUCCAGCUCAGCCCGGAUUGUUCAUGUGUUUACUUCCCCCAGCCCGAGGAUUUGCUAUUUAGGUUCCUGUUGAAAUGCAACUGAGCAGCCAAAGUACUUUGCGAACACGGUGCGGCAUAAACACCAAAACUUUUUUCUAGAAGGAAAAUACAAUAAGAAAGCGGCUUUGCCUGUCUUUUGAUGCCGGGGAGUGCGAGUGAGUGUGCCGUGGGUGCCCGGCGUGUGCCUGUGCUUGGAUGUGUGUGUGCGAACGUGCGUGUGCACGGGGGGGGUGGGUGGGUGUGCGUGUGGAGGGGCGCGUGUGUUUCUCUUUAUACAUGGGGAGAGAAGGCUUUUGGCAAAAUCUCCGGAAAUCUCAUGGAAUCUAUUUUGAAAUAAUGGAUUAUAAAAAAGAAAAAGGAGGAAAGGAACUGGUCUGAUAUCUCCUGGAGUUUGCUACCCGAAUUGCUGCUGCUUAGUUUGUUGAGCUUUUUUUUUUUUUUUUUUUUUUUUGUGUUUGUUGGUUGUGUUGCUGGUGAUAACCUUUUAGCACCUUCUCUCUUUAUUUCCCUCCCUCCCCCCCUCCCUCUUUUUUUUUUUUUUUUUAAUGUUUUGGAGCUUCUCGAGAGGGAUUGGCUGGGGGAAAAGAGAAACAUUUGCUUGGGAUCGCUGUUUCCCUGAUACAUGGUGGUGCCCCCUCCCCCCCCCCCCCCCGGGUUCUCUAAAAAGUAUCCCAUCAGGACCCCGGAGGAGACUGUGUGUGUGCGAAGGGUAGGGUAAAAAGUUCUUCCAAAAUAGUGUGCCCGGGGAAGAGGAUGGGGGAUUUUGCAGCCCCCGCUGCCGCCGCGAAUGGCAGCAGUAUCUGCCUCAACAAUAACCUGAACAGCAGCCUCGGCGGGGCCGGUAUCGGGGUUACCAGCGCUCCCCACGGUCCCCCCGCCGCCGCCGCUCCCGGUAACAAUGCCGCGACCAGCGGCGGCGUUCCCAAGCACAGCACGGUGGUGGAGCGGCUGAGGCAGCGCAUCGAGGGCUGCCGGCGGCACCACGUCAACUGCGAGAGCAGGUACCAGCAAGCCCAGGCGGAGCAGCUGGAGCUGGAGCGCAGGGACACCGUGAGCCUCUACCAGCGGACCCUGGAGCAGCGGGCCAAGAAAACGGGCAGCGGCGGCAAGCAGCAGCAGCAGCAGCAGCAGCAGCAGCAGCAGCAGCAGCCGCCGAGCAAACAGCAGCAAGAUGCCGAGCCGGCCGCGGCGGAGCAGAGGAACCAUACGCUGAUCAUGCUUCAAGAGACGGUCAAAAGGAAAUUGGAAGGUGCACGUUCACCUCUCAAUGGAGAACAGCAGAAUGGAGUUUGUGAUGGGAGCUUUUCUCCAACCAGCAAGCGGAUACGGAAGGAUGUACCAGGCAUUGAGGCAAUCAACAGUUUGCCCAAUAAUUUGCCUUUGCCCUCUGUUUCUCCUCUUCACCAGCUUGACAUGAAAGCUCCCCUGCCCCUGCAGAACAGUGGAACUCACAGUAGUGGUCUAGAAGACUUGGGUAAAAAUGGUGGGCUUUCCGAGAUAAAGCUCCCUGUUAAUGGUUGCAAUGAGCUAGACGAUAGUUUUAACAUCCUGCAGAACAAAGAGCUAAAGCAAGAGCCUUUGGAUGAUCCCAGCUGCAUAGACACUUCUGAAACAUCUCUUUCGAAUCAGAACAAGCUCUUCUCGGACAUUAACCUGAACGAUCAAGAGUGGCAGGAGCUAAUAGAUGAACUAGCAAACACUGUUCCAGAAGAUGAUAUACAAGAUUUGUUCAACGAAGACUUUGAAGAGAAGAAGGAGCCAGAAUUUCCCAGGCCUGCCACAGAGACUCAAGAGAGUGCAAGCGUGAAAAGCGAUCCAUCUCAUUCUCCAUUUGCUCACGUCCCGUUAGGGUCUCCCCAGGUGAGGCCUUCUUCUUCUGGUCCUCCAUUUUCAAACGUCUCCACAGCCUCUAGCAUAGCUUCUGUGUCCAGCACCCUGCCAGCCCCAAUCCCUGCCGGCUCACCAGCAAACUGUGUUGUUCAGUCACCUCAAACCCCCAGCCAGUCCCACACUCCAGGCCAGACGCAGACGCGGUCUGGAAAUGGCUAUCUUAUGAAUCCAGCAGCAGCAACCGUGGCGGGAUCAGGGCCUGGGCCUGUAAAUAUGCCAAACGCUGACAUGUCUCCUGCUGAACAGCUCAAGCAAAUGGCAGCCCAGCAGCAGCAGAGAGCUAAGCUCAUGCAGCAGAAGCAGCAGCAGCAGCAUCCAAAUCAACCCUCAAGCUGGUCACCUGUGGGACCUCCAUCUAGUCCGUAUGGAGGACCCUUCAGUGCAGACAAACCAAAUAGUCCAAUGAUGUAUCCCCAAGCCUUUAACAACCAAAACCCAAUAGUGCCUCCUAUGGCAAACAAUCCACAGAAGACCACAAUUAAUAACUACCUCCCUCAAAAUCACAUGAAUAUGAUCAGUCAGCAGCCAAAUAACCUGGGCACAAACUCCUUAAGCAAACAGCCCAAUAUGCUUUCUUAUGGCAACACCAAACCUCUGACGCACUUCAAUGCUGAGCUGAGUCAGAGGAUGACCCCACCAAUGGCAAAUCCCAGCAAGAACCCCAUGAUGCCGUACAUCCAGCAGCAGCAGUCCCAGCAGCCGCAGAUACAAGCUCAGAUAGCGCACCUGAGUGAGGAACAGAAGCGCAUGCUCAUCAUGAAGCAGAAAGGAAUGAUGAAUCAGCCCAUGGCAUAUGCAACACUUCCUUCCCUUGGUCAGGAGCAGCAUCAGGUGGGACUGUCUCGGACCACGGGGCCUAUGCAGCCUUCGGUCCCACCGGGCUCCAGCAGCGUGGGCACGGGCACGAGCUCUGGCGGGGCCUUCCUGGGAAACCAACCUCAAGCGGCCAUCAUGAAGCAGAUGCUGAUCGAGCAGAGAGCCCAGCUCCACGUGAUAGAGCAGCAGAAACAACAGUUUCUAAGAGAGCAAAGGCAGCAGCAGCAACAGAUCCUGGCAGAGCAGCAGUUGCAGCAGCAGUCACAUUUGCCUCGGCAGCAUCUGCAGCAACAACGGAGCCCGUAUCCAGUGCAACAGGUCAAUCAGUUCCAAGGUUCUCCCCAGGAUAUGGCGGCUGUGAGAAACCAAGCAGCACUCCAGAGCAUGAGGACAUCCCGAAUGAUGGCCCAGAACGCGAGCAUGAUGGCAAUGGCUCCCUCCCAGAACCCAAGCACGCUGCCCACGACCGCGGGCCAGUCGGACAUGGGAAUGGCUCCUUACAGCAACGCCUCUUCCAGCCAGCCGGGAAUGUACAGUAUGAGCACAGGGAUGAGCCAAAUGUUGCAGCACCCAAACCAAAGCGGCAUGAGCAUGGCACAUAACGCGGGCCAGGGAACGAGGCAGCCUGCCUCGGGACAAGCAGUGGGAAUGGUUGGCAAUUUUGGUCAGAGCAUGCUGGUAAACUCUGCUCUUCCCCAGCAUCAGCAGCAGAUGAAAGGACCUGUGGGCCAGGUCUUACCCAGGCCCCAAGCACCACGACUCCAAAACUUGAUGGGGACUGUCCCUCAAGGCACACCAAGCUGGCCGCAGCGAGGCUUGCAAGGCAUACCCGGGAGGACUAGCAGUGAAAUGGGGCCCUUCAAUAACGGCACAACGUACCCGAUGCCGUCUGGGCAGCCACGGCUGUCCAAGCAACAUUUCCCACAGGGGCUUAAUCAGACAGUUGUGGACACGAGUGGAACAGUAAGAGCCCUGAACCCAGCAAUGGGAAGACAGUUGCUGCAACCACUACCUGGGCAACAAGGAGCUAGCCAGGCCAGGCCGAUGGUAAUGCCUGCAAUAAGCCAAGGGGUCCCCCCCAUGUCCGGCUUUAGUCAGCCUCCCACGCAGCAAAUGCCAGGCAGUAACUUUGCUCAGAGCAGCCAAGGCCAGGCCUACGAGAGGAAUCCCACUCAGGACAUAUCUUACAACUACAGCAGUGAAGGAGCAGGGGGGUCAUUCUCCAGUUUAGCAGAGGGCGCAGACCUUGUGGACUCCAUCAUUAAGAGCGGACCAGGGGAUGAGUGGAUACAAGAACUCGAUGAGUUGUUUGGAAACCCCCAGUGAGUGGUCUUGUACAGUGUGGAGCUUUGGUUGUUACGUUUGAAAAAAAGAAAAGAGAGAGUUGGAUGUUCUCCCCAUCCUUGGAUUGUUUGUUUUGUUCUGUUUUGUUUGAAUUAGUUUGGGGUUAUUUUGUUUUCUUUUGUUUUUAAUCGUGCAAACUGAGCUGAUCUGUAGCCAACUUUGGAAGAUUUAGGGGACGAUGAAAACAUCGGCAUCCCAAGACUUCCACCAAGCAAUCUCCAUUGCAUGGCAGCACCCGCUGAGGGGGGCUGGGGGGGCAGGAUGGGGAAACUGGAAAAGCCAGCUGAUGCCUCUGGUUGGGAAAAUUUGUUCUUUCCCCACUGAAAUAAGGCUUCAUUGCACAGCGGUAUGGGGGUGGUCCCGAUAUCUCCCACCUCCUGUAACUGUAAACACUGCAACUUUCAGGGGAGCAGAUGAAAGCGGCUGGGAGCAAAGCCGACAGACGUCUGUGGGCAAUUGCACAGGCCCCGGUCGGUAACGGGCUUAACCCCGGGGGCAAGCAGGUCUCGGUGAGGGAAGGGAACGUGCAGCACACAUGCGACAAACCUAAACAGUCACAGGAAGGUCACCAUUUUCACUGCAGAGUGAUAAAAAUCCAAUAAAAGUGUAGGAGAAGGUAAAUGUGGUGGUGUGGUGAGGACAGUUUGAUUCUGGGACUGCUGCUGGAGACAGCUUAGGUGGGUGAGCUAAUUCGACGAGCUGUUCGGUCCCCCCUGGGGACUUUGGAAUAGUGUUUCCCUGUCAGAGCGCUUCGGUGUGUGUCGGCUGCCCAGGGGAGCAGAACAAAUGGUGUCGAGGGGCUAAGAGGUACCAGGAGACACCCGCGUAGCUCCUACGCGGGUCCCUCUCGCUCCUUCCUCCGCAGUGUGUUUGCAGUUCGCUUCCUUCCUUGUAAAGCGAGGUGAGCUGGCUGCACUUUUUUUCAGGUGAGCAGCAACUGCCACAAAGGGGCAAGGCAGGGGAGGAGAAAACAAACGUGAGAGAAUGUACAGGGCGGGUUUGGCGGGCGGAAUGGGUUUCUCCUCUCCUCUUGAAAAGUGCAAGUUUAGCAAGCAGUGUUACCCUGGGGUGUCGGGGCUCUCAAUGCGAUGUUAUAUGCAACCUGAUCUUCAGUUUUAUACAGAAGUUUGGUCUAAUCUCUGUGGUUUGCUGCAAUAAAAUUCACUGCAGUAUCUGAAGAACAGGAGCCAAUGAAGGACUACUGUAAAGAUCAUUCACGAAUGGGUAAAAUAAUCCAUGUAGUCAUUACAAACAUGGGGUCUGCCCAAAUAAGCUUUUAGGUAAUAGUGGCGUAUCACUGUCUCCACUGUGUGGACCGGUGCUGAGCAGCACUGCAAUGAAAUUGUGGUAUGUCUUGCACAAUACUGAGACAUCAGCCAUUCUGAAUGUCUAAAGCAGCGGUUCCGAAGCUGCAGUCUGAGGCUGAAGUAAGUUGUCCUCCGAAACCUGUCACCUUUUUAGUGUUUUCAGACGAGAGCUGCUUAUCAACUUAUAUAGUGGUGCAUUAAAAAAAAUGUUAGCGUGACCCACAGUCCAGAAAGUUUUGGAUCUUCUGGCCUAAUGCUGGCCUCUGUAAGCCAUAAGAUGUGCUCUGCAGCGAAAGCGUCUCUGGUGUUACGAGUACCAACUACCCAGCUACCGGUUACCUCCUUGCACGCUGCUCUCCUCGGGCCCGGCGACACGAGGUGCUCAGCUGCUGACACCCACGGGAGCUGAGGGGCUCGGCACCUUGCAUUUUCAAGUCCUGCCUUUCCCUGCGGAGCACAGAUAUGCAUCACAUUAAAGAGUGGGAGCCAAACAGGCCCGGAACCAUCUCAGCGGCCCGCUACGGUUCCCUUCUGUGCAGCAACUCCUUGCAGGGCUUACCUAGAUGAGGGGAAGUAUCUGUUUUAAAUGCUGUCAUGUAGGCAGGACAAGCUGCAUUUUUACCAUGGACCAGCUGGUCAAAGUGAGCUAUCAGUCCAGCUUGCCCUGACUGCUAAAUUUUUAAAAAAUGCUUUAGUUACACCUCUUUUAGCUAACCCCUUUUUAAAAUACAGUGCAAGGACCUAAUCCAGUUCCUGCUGAAGACGAUAGGGGUUUGCCUGUCCACUGCUUCAGCAGGAGCUGGGUCGGGCCCUAAUUCCGUGAAAGAGAGCACCAGCCAAACUUUUCAGUCCGUCUUUUGGGUAAGCGGCUCUCGGCCGGGCUGGCCCGGGCAGAAGGGACGAGGAAUGAGAAAACAGCGAGAGAAAUGGUACCCGGGAGGGACGAGGGCGUCGUGCCUGCGUGAGCGUGUGGGUGAGGGAGCGGCGAGCUGGCGUGGCGCGUCCCUGGGCCGCCCUGCCCUGUCCGACGGGGCCGUGCCGGGGCGGGAGGCAGCCAGCCCGAGCCUGCCACGCCGGGACGGCACCGGGGAUGGCACCGCGCCCCUUCUUCCUCGGGUGGGAGUGGGGGGGGGGUCACCGGCCAGCGCAGGGCUGGAAAACGGGG